CCGAGUUGUGUUGAUUGAGAUCCAGAAUUCCCACCGGAUUUCAAAGAAAAAUGUCCAGACACCAUGAAAUGGAUUUUGAUAAGAUACUAGAGGAAGUGGGAGACUUUGGGCGCUACCAGCGGUGGUUCUACAGUCUUUUAUGUGUGGGCGUAACUAUAGCUACCAUACCUGGAGUAGCUGCUCUGGUGUUUCAGGCAUAUGUGCCUCAUUACAGGUGUCUCGUGCCGGGGUGCGACAACGCCACGGCGCCCGAAUACCGGGCGCCCUUCACCAAUUUCUCGAUACCGCCGGAGGCCGGCGGUCAGUCGCAGUGCCAACGCUUCUGGAGGUAUAACCUCACCUCCGACAGCUGCCACGACGAAGACUUUGAUGACAAUAUCACCGUCAGCUGCACCCGCUUCGUCUUCGACAAGUCUUUGUUCACGUCGUCGUUCGCCACCCAGUGGAACCUGACAUGUUCGUACCAGCCGCUGGUGGAGCUGCCCAACACGCUGUACUUCUCGGGCGUGCUGCUGGGCUCCGUGGUAUUCGGCGUCAUCAGCGACAGAUUCGGCCGGCGAGCGGCGCUGAUGCUGUCAGUGCUGCUGCUGCUCCUGGUGAACUACCUGGUGGUGGUGCUGCGCUUCAGCUUCAUCGGCGUGUGUGCGCUGCGAGUGGUGCUCGGCUUGGCCAGCUGUGGCAUGUACCAGACGGCGUUUGUGUUGGCGGUGGAGUUGGUGGGGAAGCGGUGGCGCGUGCCAUGCGGCACCGUAAUCAACUACUUCACCACGGUGGGCGCCCUGGUGGCCGGCGCGCUGGCUUAUGCCAUCCGCGGCUGGGUGGACCUUCAGCUGGUCUGCACGGCACCGCUGGUGCUUCUGUUGGCUGGCUUCUGGCUGUGCCCGGAGUCGGUGCGCUGGCUGCUGACCCAGGGUCGCACCGAGCAGGCGCAGGCCGCCAUCCGCUACAUAGCGCAGAAGAACGGCACCACCGUGUCGCCGCACCUGCUGGCCGACUGCGAUGACCCCGGUCAGGAUGACGACGACGACAGCAGCGACUCGGAACCGGUGGUGGUGGUGCCGGCCGCGCCCAGCGAGACCUUCAUCGACUGUAUGCGCAGCCGCGUGCUCCGGGUCCGCCUCUGUCUAGCCCUGCUCGGAUGGUUUGCGGUGAACUUCGCCUUUUAUGGCAUGGUGAUUGAUCUGCCGAAUCUGCCCGGCGACUUCUUCACCAACUUCUUCGUCACCACCAUUGCGGAGAUGCCAGGUUACACGUUCUGCUGGGUAGGCAUGGACCGGCUGGGCCGGCGCGCCACAUUCGUCUCGGCCAACGUGCUGUGCGGCGUGUCGCUCAUCACCGCAGGACUCAUUCCCAACUCGAUGCCGAUCCCGAACGCCGUGAUGCUGAUGCUGGGUAAGAGCGGCGCCGCCGGCGCGUUCGCCGUCAUCUACAUCUACACGUCUGAGCUGUUCCCCACGUCGGCGCGCAACACGGCCGUCGGCGUGUGCUCGAUGACGGGCCGGGUGGCGGCCAUGCUGGCGCCGCAGCUGGCCGUGCUGGCCAUCUACGGCGAGAGCAUCCCGCUGCUGGUGAUCGGCGGCGUGGUGAUCGUGUCCGGCCUGUGCACGCUCUGCCUGCCCGAGACGCUCGGCAUGCCGCUACCGGAGACCAUGCAGGACGCCGUCGGCGACCACCGGUCGGACGACGAAGCUGUGGGCGUGGCUCCUCCAGCUGACGGCCGGGAGGGACCCCUCUAGCCGUGCGGUCCGACGCCACGCGGCCGGCCGGGCGGCGGGCCCGCCUGGGCAGCCAGCCGCCGGCGGGACGGCCCGGACUGGCAGCGCUCCGCGGGCCUUCUGAUGCGGUCUCGGCAGGAGUGAAGGCGGCGCUGCUGGGCGGGCGACGCCUGGUCCUGCUACCUAUCACCGUCCGUGCCUUCAUUCAGAAGCGAUCGUGUUCAUACUGCACCAUGGGCGAAGGAGUGGGGCUACGGUUUACUGACAUUGGCUCAUCAUUAUGCUAGUGUCUGUUGUAAUUAUGUAGGCGUGUGCAGUACUAUGUGGACCAUAUUUAUGCGUGUGCAGUACUAUGUGGACCAUAUUUAUGCGUGUGCCUACCAGAGCUAGUCAGUUCCGGUCUGUUGCACGGAAUUAUGCUGCGACAACUUAGCAUUCUCAUAAGUUGUGCCGGCGUAGAAGAGACGCCAUAAAAGCGUUUUUAGUUGUAACGACUCAUUAGCUGCUUUUCGUCCAUGACAACGUGCUUGGUUUAGCUCUAAAUGCUGUGUUGCAUUUCGGGCACGCUUGCCGGUUUAUAUCCGCUGUUGCGGUUUAGUGGUAUUGUGGUUUUAGGUUCGAAAAAUCGACGGCAACGCCGUGAUGACAGGCAAUAUGAUUUGUUGCUGAUGGCGAAACUCUACAGGUAUGCACAGAUAACAUUCCCUGACCGUGCAGCAGCACAGCGCCGCACAUGGUACCCGAUCUUGUUUUUAACGGGUUGGAGCCCAUUCCAGACAGAAAAGAUUAGUAAUGCACUUCACUCAACAUUCCCUUCAAUUUUAAUGCCGUACAAUAUUCGCGGCGCAACACUAGUGUGCCUUUCAUAGCCAUCAGCACAUCAGUACGCUUACGUAUGUACACAUAGCACAUAAUUCUUGGGUACCCCUGUGUCUGCCACGUCGACCGGUUUGGCUGUUGGGCCGUACUUGGAGGAGGACCUGUGACGAACUCUUCGCUUUACAAGGAUGUAGAUUUGAGCCAAUCCGUACCAUGCUUACGACGUGUUAUCGUCCUCUACGAGGUUACCGCUUUGCUACGUGCUUGUGUAGCAAUUGCAUCGCUUUAAUACAGAGCUCCGUCAUGACUCGCAGACUUCUGUCAUAUGUGCAGGGGCCUACAUGGUGAAUAAAGAGAGCGUGGAGCGAGGCUAA